AUGUUUUAUCAAAUUUGUUUGGCUUUCAUCAUAUUAUCAACAGAAGUACUGGCUGAUGAAGAGAAAUACUGUGUGACAUGUAAAGCACUCAUAAAGGAUGCUAUCAAUUAUUAUGGUCAGAAUAUAUCUACAGUCACAGAAUCAUCCUUAACUACUACAACUUCAUCUCUGUGUCGCAAGUAUUAUAUAGGAUUUGAAGAAGUCAUCUGCCGCAUACUAUUACAAGUGAAUGCAAGUGAUUUAUUAAAAGCUCUCCAGACAGGAGUAUCAAUAGACACAAUUUGUGAAAAAGGUGGCGUCUGUAAUAAUAAUGAUUAUUAUCGACAACGAAUAAUAUAG